UGAGACCCGAUUUGAAAUAAGAGCCAGGCGGUCCUCGCUUCCCUGCGCCCGACUUUUCAUAGGCUAGGAAGCAAAGCUUGAGAAACUUGACGUUGUCUUGGGCAGAGUGCGUGUAGCAACAGAUCAAAGAAAAAGAGGAAGAAAACGUGCUCCCAGCUGCCGGGGGAUCUCGCUGAGUUGCUUUUGUCUUGCGGGCUUCUGUUGGGUUUGGUGUUUCCCCCUGGAAGACCGCUGCGUGGGCUUCGAGGCGGCUCGCUCCCUGCCGGAUGGGUGAUGGAAGUCUAAACAUGAGGCAGAUAGCUGAUCAGCUUCCUUGGAUUUUGCUGAUGACCCAGGAGAGCUUUGCCUGAAGAUGGAAACACUGGAGUCGGAGCUGACCUGCCCUAUUUGUCUGGAGCUCUUUGAGGACCCUCUUCUGCUCCCCUGCGCACACAGCCUCUGCUUCAACUGCGCCCACCGCAUCCUGGUGUCGCACUGCGCCACCAACGAGUCCGUGGAGUCCAUCACUGCCUUCCAGUGCCCCACCUGCCGACAUGUCAUCACGCUCAGCCAGCGAGGUCUAGACGGGCUCAAGCGCAACGUCACCCUGCAGAACAUCAUCGACAGGUUCCAGAAAGCUUCGGUGAGCGGGCCCAAUUCCCCCAGCGAGACCCGCCGGGAGCGGCCGUUCGACGCCAACAGCAUGACUUCGGCCGAGAAAGUCCUCUGCCAGUUCUGUGACCAGGAUCCUGCCCAAGACGCCGUGAAGACCUGUGUCACUUGUGAAGUGUCCUACUGUGACGAGUGCCUGAAAGCCACUCACCCGAACAAGAAGCCCUUUACAGGCCACCGUCUGAUUGAGCCCAUCCCGGACUCGCACAUUCGGGGGCUGAUGUGCCUGGAGCACGAGGAUGAGAAGGUGAAUAUGUACUGCGUGACCGAUGACCAGUUAAUCUGUGCCUUGUGUAAACUGGUCGGGCGGCACCGAGACCAUCAGGUGGCAGCUUUGAGUGAGCGCUAUGACAAAUUGAAGCAAAACUUAGAGAGUAACCUCACCAACCUUAUUAAGAGGAACACGGAACUGGAGACGCUCUUGGCUAAACUCAUCCAAACAUGUCAACAUGUGGAGGUCAAUGCAUCACGUCAAGAAGCCAAAUUGAUGGAGGAGUGUGAUCUUCUUAUUGAGAUCAUUCAGCAAAGACGACAAAUUAUUGGAACCAAGAUCAAAGAAGGGAAGGUGAUGAGGCUUCGCAAACUGGCUCAGCAGAUUGCAAACUGCAAGCAGUGCAUUGAGCGGUCGGCAUCACUCAUCUCCCAAGCAGAACACUCUCUGAAGGAGAAUGAUCACGCGCGUUUCCUACAGACCGCGAAGAAUAUCACUGAGAGAGUCUCCAUGGCAACGGCAUCAUCCCAGGUGCUAAUUCCUGAAAUCAACCUCAACGACACCUUUGACACCUUUGCCUUAGAUUUUUCCCGAGAGAAGAAAUUGCUAGAAUGUCUGGAUUACCUUACAGCUCCCAACCCCCCCACAAUUAGAGAAGAGCUCUGCACGGCUUCCUAUGACACCAUCACCGUUCACUGGACCUCCGAUGACGAAUUCAGUGUGGUUUCCUACGAGCUGCAGUACACCAUAUUCACCGGACAAGCCAAUGUUGUGAGUCUGUGUAACUCGGCCGAUAGCUGGAUGAUCGUGCCCAACAUCAAGCAGAACCACUACACCGUCCACGGUCUGCAGAGCGGCACCAAGUACAUCUUCAUUGUCAAGGCCAUCAACCAGGCGGGCAGCCGCAGCAGCGAGCCUGGGAAGUUGAAGACAAACAGCCAACCAUUUAAACUGGACCCCAAAUCUGCACAUCGCAAGCUAAAGGUGUCCCACGAUAACUUGACAGUAGAACGUGAUGAGUCAUCAUCCAAAAAGAGCCACACGCCUGAACGCUUCACCAGCCAAGGCAGCUACGGCGUAGCUGGAAACGUGUUCAUUGACAGUGGCCGGCAUUACUGGGAAGUGGUCAUAAGCGGAAGCACAUGGUAUGCCAUUGGCCUCGCUUACAAAUCAGCCCCGAAGCAUGAGUGGAUUGGCAAGAACUCUGCUUCAUGGGCGCUGUGCCGCUGCCACAAUACCUGGGUGGUGAGACACAACAGCAAGGAGAUCCCCAUCGAGCCAGCCCCCCACCUCCGGCGCGUCGGCAUCCUGCUGGAUUACGAUAACGGCUCCAUCGCGUUCUACGAUGCCUUGAACUCCAUCCACCUCUACACUUUCGACAUCACAUUCUCGCAGCCUGUGUGCCCCACCUUCACUGUGUGGAACAAAUGUCUGACCAUCAUAACCGGCCUUCCCAUCCCAGACCAUCUAGACUGCACCGAGCAGCUGCCGUGAGCACGUGGCCGCGCGGAGCUGUCUUCCGGGGAAUGAAAAGGGUGGUGGCCACCAUUUCGGGGACACAGAAAACACAGGCUUCCAGAAUGUGAUUAAAUCUCACCAAAAAGUAUCCAGAAAUCAGCUAAGAUAGGACUCCAAACGGGCGAUUCCUCCCUGUCACUGUGUUUUGUAUCGAGUACAGGCUUUAAUAAUUUCUUCACCUUUUUUUUUUUUGUAUUUACAGGAAAAUUUAUAGAUUAUUUAUAAAAGGAACAUAACCAGGAUUACAACUCUUAGGAAUUCUCUGGUUUUGCACAUUAGGAGGCCCGGAAGUGUACCAGCUCUUGACCACCUUUAUUUCAGCACAGUGUCUGGGCUCGAGAAAAACGUUUUGUGUGCUUAUCUACCCUUCUCACAUCCUGUGUCCUGCAGCUAUUUUCAAAAUAAAAAGUAGUUUUGAAUCCAGUAGGGAAGUAAACAGGCUUUCUUACUCUGGUUUAUCUUGAAGUGUUCUAACUGCGAUGUCAGAAAAAUUUAUUGGGUCGUGUAGGAUGGAGAGAGGAAGAGGGAGAAUGGAAAGACGACUCGGGAGCUUGGAAUCUGCCAUAGUGAAAUCUGUAAUUACCCUCCGAUGGCUGGUGGGAUGAUGCUGGAAAGAAAGGUUCUGAAACCUUUGGCCACGUAUGGCCCUGUUUUUCCCAGGAUUAAGGAUGCUGGGAGAACAUGAAGAAUGAGAUUGCAGUUGAAAAAAGUCGCCUUGAGUCCUACUGAUUAUUCAAAAAUUCGGGCUGAUUUGCGUUUCCUCGGAAGUGGGAUUCUGUGACGUGAUAGAAAUCUAUUUCCUUUUAAUAGUUUCUUUAGGCCUGUGAAAUUUCUUCACUAUGUUUAAUAGCUGUCCUGUGUCCCCCCUCCCCCGAAUAAUUUUUGUCUCUGGGGCUGAGGAAAUAAACAUUUUCUGUCACAAAUGGCAACACCACUUUGGAUCGAUUUUGCUCUCCAGGACGUCAACACGUGGUCCCAGCUGCCACUACCACAUUCAACUGUAAGUCACCCGAAAAACACUUAAUAUAUAUGAGUUGGUAAUGACAAGGGACAUUGCAUAAAGUACUGUUCUCCAGUAUACGUGCCUCAAAAGUUAUUAUAAACAGACUUUUAUUAAACACAUCUUGAAAGAUGUAGAAGUCCCUCUAUAUUCUAGUGUAGUUUACCAUAGAGUUGUAAGA